GCUGCGGAGGGAACCCUGGGCACAGCCUGGGUGCAAUCAAAUGCUGGGGGGCAGCUGCCCGGGCCGGGCCAGCUGUGCUGUGCUGGGAGGAGCCCUGGGCUGACGUCAGAAGAUCAGCGUUCAAAUCCGCUUCUGCCUCUUAGUGUCUUCGGACACUUAGUAUCUUGGAACAAGCCAUUUGGCUGCUUGGGCCUCAGUUUCCUUAUCUGUAAAACAGGAGAGUUAGCAUCGCGGGUGCUGUGGAAUCUGUACCGCAGACUAGGGGCAUGUGGCGUUCCUGCCCUCUGUUCUUUGCGGAAGGGGGGCUGGGAGCUGUCCGGGGAAGGGGAGGGAGGAAGGAGGGCAGAGGCCGCAGUGACUGGGACGGUGUGUCGGGCACCGUUCCAGACACUGCCACACAGGACGUCCCGUUUCAUCCUCCCAGCCUAGCUCAGUGGAUACUUCCAGCGAAUGAGACUGCAGUGCAACGCGUCCGUGGACCUCAUUGGCACCUGCUGGCCCCGGAGUCCCGCAGGGCAGCUGGUGGUUCGGCCCUGCCCCGCCUUUUUCUACGGUGUCCGCUACAACACCACAAACAACGGCUACCGGGAGUGCCUGGCCAAUGGCAGCUGGGCUGCCCGCGUGAACUACUCCGAGUGCCAGGAGAUCCUCAACGUGGAGAAAAAGAGCAAGGUGCACUACCAUGUCGCUGUCAUCAUCAACUACCUGGGCCACUGCAUCUCCCUGCUGGCCCUCCUGGUGGCCUUUGUCCUCUUUCUGCGGCUCAGAAGCAUCCGGUGCCUGCGGAACAUCAUCCACUGGAACCUCAUCUCAGCCUUCAUCCUGCGCAACGCCACCUGGUUCGUGGUGCAGCUCACCAUGAGCCCCAGGGUCCAUCAGAGCAAUGUGGUGCGUCCUGUGGGGAGCAGGAGGGGCCACGUCCAGAUCAGAGGAAGGCCGAGGAGGGGGUCCCCUGCAGGGGAAGGGGUUGCGCCCGGCCUCGGAGCCAUGGGCCAGGGACAGGACCCCACGGUGUGUGUGCCCCAUCCUGUCCAGAGGGGGCCCAGGCCCGGGUGGGGUGCUGCCCCUCCUCCAUCACCAGCUCUGGUUGGGGGUGGCAGGGCUGGUGCAGGCUGGUGACAGCUGCCUACAACUACUUCCACGUGACCACCUUCUUCUGGAUGUUCGGUGAGGGCUGCUACCUGCACACGGCCAUCGUGCUCACCUACUCCACCGACCGGCUGCGCAAGUGGAUGUUCAUCUGCAUCGGCUGGGGUGUGCCUUUCCCCAUCAUUGUGGCCUGGGCCAUUGGGAAGCUGUACUACGACAAUGAGAAGUGCUGGUUUGGCAAGAGGCCUGGAGUGUACACCGACUACAUCUACCAGGGGCCCAUGAUCUUGGUCCUGCUGAUCAAUUUCAUUUUCCUUUUCAACAUUGUCCGCAUCCUCAUGACCAAGCUCCGGGCAUCCACCACCUCUGAGACCAUUCAGUACAGGAAGGCAGUGAAGGCCACCCUGGUGCUGCUCCCACUCCUGGGCAUCACGUACAUGCUGUUCUUCGUCAACCCCGGGGAGGACGAGGUCUCCCGGGUUGUCUUCAUCUACUUCAACUCCUUCCUGGAAUCCUUCCAGGGCUUCUUCGUGUCUGUGUUCUACUGCUUCCUCAACAGUGAGGUCCGCUCUGCCAUCCGAAAAAGGUGGCACCGGUGGCAGGACAAGCACUCGAUCCGCGCCCGGGUGGCCCGUGCCAUGUCCAUCCCCACGUCCCCCACCCGCGUCAGCUUCCACAGCAUCAAGCAGUCCACGGCGGUCUGAGCUGCAGGGCCGUGGAGCGGCCCCCUGAGGCUGGGCCGGGAUGACGGCCAGGCCCGCUGACCACCUGUCUGCGGGGCGCCCCGCUCCUUCCCACGCCCUCCCCGCCAGGAGCAGCUGGCACGAGAGCCUGGGAGGGCCUCGCUGCAGCCUCCGCCCAGCAGGAGUUCUAGAUCCUGGGAGCAGUGGAGCCUGAGCCGCAGGACGGACAGUCACCUGCAGGACUGGGCUGUGCCAGGGCCGCUGGAGAAGGGAAGUGGGAAUGAAUGGAGGCAGAACCGGAAACCCGCAGCACACACACGUCCCUUCAGAGCACAAGAAGACCCACUGGGUCCUGGGGCUGCUGCCCCAGGGGCAUCAUGGGAAACUCUCACGACAGCAUCUGAGUCACCAGAAGCUGCCUCCGGGGAUGCCGCCUGGCAGCGCUGGGAACCCAGGCCACGUGCCCAGGAGCCCUGGAGAUAUCAUCAGACGUCGGGCCACUUCACUAGCAAUCACUCCCAACCCUCCAGAGCUUCACUGGCCCUGUGGCAGUGCCACCGGACAUGCCCUGCCUUGCUGCCUUGCACCCUCCGAUGUCUACUACCCUGCAGGCCAGGCUGGCUUCCCACUCCACCUGGAUGCUACCCUCACUCCCAUCGCCCCGCCCCAGCUGUUUCCCCAUUGUGAGAAGAUGGGGGCUGGGAGGAGGGCAGGGCAGCCUGUGAGCGAGAACCAGGUGUGCCCGGCCAGGGCCAGUCCCCCUCUGGGGUGGGCAGAGAGCUCUUGGGGGCCUCCAGCCUGCCAGCUGCCCCGGCCUCGCGCGCAGGAUCGCUAGCUAACAAGAGACGGGAGAAGGCCCCUCUCUGUCCAGGUGCCCUGGAGCAGGACAAGUGGCUCUCGGGACGAGCUCCUGGCUGGCAGAUCACUUUCACCCCAGAGGGGGACUGGCCCAGCCCCCACCGGACCCACCCAUGUCCAGAGUGACUGGACAGCCAGCGGGGCAUGUGAGGGGCCCCUAGAAGAUGCGGGCAUCAGCUGGGAGCGGGUGGCUGAUGUGAAAAUAAUAUUUAUCUUUUGAACCAG